AUGCCGGGAAUACAUACACCUUCACCGAUCCCCACUAUCGGACGAGAUGAGGAGCUAUAUGUCGUCUGUUUCGAUGGAUCUGCCCGUGUCAAAAGAGGUGGAGGCGCCUACAGUGCGAUCUUGUGGAAGUUGCCGGAAUGGAGAGUGCUGAAAGCUAGAUCAGGGUAUGCCGAAGGCUUGACGGUGAAUGAGGCGGAUUACCAUGGGUUGUUACUAUGUCUGGAUCUGUUGGAGGAUCUGGAUCCACGGCGUUUGGUGAUCUGCGGAGACUCAAACCUGGUGAUCCGACAAGUACGAGGAGAGAUCGAUUGUAAGGCGCCGGGUCUGACACUGCUACAUCACGAACUAUUGCACGUCAAACGAGACUGGAAUGGGAGUGCUGACAGCCUAGCAUGUGCUGCUCUGCAACGGCAAUGUGGGAUCGAGAUAGAGUCUGACGCGGAGAUCCAGGAUCUCAUCACGUUAAAUCGGUUGGAUGAGAUCCUAAUAGUGAAAGUCGAAGAAGGGAUCGCACAGGCUAAAUCGGGAGUGCGUGUUGGAUCUGAUCCUAGCUCCCUACGAGAAGAGGUCGUGAGAGAGCUGCGGAUCGAGCGAAUCCGACAAGCACAUGACGAGGAGUCGUGGAUCAUGGGCUUGAAGAAGUAUAUGAUCGGGGAGAUCCAGGAUAUGACCCAGGAGGAGGCUAAGAUGUUUGGAUCUAUUGCUAUGAAUUAUGAAGUGGAUCAGUUGGAUCUACUCUUCUAUUGCCUGACAACUAAGGAAACCGCUGCAGAUCGAGAUAAGUUGAUGCGACUGGUGAUACCUGAAACGCUUCAACAGGACAUUUUGCACCACUAUCACACGAGUCUACAGGUGUUCAUCAAGGGGUCGGUCGCACCUAUGAUCGGAUCCGUGAUCACUUCCACUGGAGAUGUUUGUAUAAGAGUGUACAGCGAUAUGUGGGGGAAUGUGUCGACUGUAAAACAGGCAAGGGAAGACCUCGGAUCCAGGGCAACGUACCCAUUUCAGAUCAUUGCCAUGGAUCACAUAUCUUCAUUGCCUAGAUCCUUCAACGGCAACACUGAAUUGCUGAUCUUCGUAGAUUUAUUCUCGGGAUAUGUGAUCGCCAAAGCCAGCGCUUCUAGAUCCGCUCAAACAAUCGCCGAGACGUACGAAGAAUGUGUCUUCCAUCGAUUUGGCGCGAGCGAGGUGAUCCGACAUGAUCGGGAGCCAGGGUUUAUGUCUGAAUUCUUUAAGUCGUUCAACAAGAUCGUGGGACAAUACCAACGGGCUACUAUGGCGUAUACACUCCAAGCUAAUGGAUCUGCAGCACGUAUGGUUCAGACAACUACCAGGGCUCUUAAG